AUGCCUGCAGUGGAAAAACAGCUCCGGGCGCAGUAUUGGCUACCUCAGGUGGGCCACGAUAAGGUGUCAAUCAUCAUGAGCUCUGAACUAUCAAGUGUUCAAAAGGUCUGGGAAAGAAUACGACCAAAUAGCCCGAUAUAUGCAUUCCUCCUGGAAGACGUGGAAAUAUAUGAAGCUCAAAAAGGUGUUGUUCGUGCCAGGAUUACGGUCUCUGCUCGCCAUCUGAACUCUAAAGGUACUUUGCAUGGCGCAUUCUCUGCCUGUGUGAUUGACUGGGCAGGUGGGAUGGCCAUUGCUUCACAUGGUCUCGAAUCUACUGGCGCCAGCACGGAUAUACAUGUCUCAUAUCUUUCGCCAGCGAAACUCGGAGACUGGCUCGAGAUUGAAAGUCGGGCCAGUAAGGUCGGAAAGACUCUUGCUUUUACAACUGUCACGAUUUCAAAGCGUGAUGAUUCCGGUCAACUCAUAUUGGUUGCCCAAGGAUCACAUACAAAAUACAUCAAGCAUUGA